CCCUUGAUGGACAUAUCAAAUCUCCCUCUGCCUCGGUUGAAGAUGGUACGGUCCAAAAUGGCGGCCUCCGUGUUGAAGCGGUGUGUAACUGCAGCCGUCAAAGUUAAAGCUUUAUCGCCUUCUUUUACAGCCAGACGAUGGCUGCUAUCAGCAGCUUACACGGACACCAAGCUGUGGGAGGAAAGAGAGAACGACCCCCAGAAUCUGGCUGUGCUGGCCAACCUAAUGGACAGAACGUACGACCGAAAGUUGCCGGUCAGCUCUCUGACCAUCUCACGGUUUGUUGACAACAUAUCGUCUAGAGAGGAAGUUGAUCAGGCAGAGUACUACCUGUACAAGUUUCGCCACAGUCCAAAUUGUUGGUACUUGCGAGAUUGGACUGUUCACAGCUGGAUCAGACAGUGUCUGAAAUACGGAGCCAGAGAAAAAGCCCUGCACACUCUCAAAAACAAGACCCAGUAUGGAAUAUUUCCAGAUGACUUCACCUUUAACCUCCUGCUGAAUUCCUACAUUAAGGAUGGAGACUUUAAAAGUGCAUGCUCUGUGGUGGAAGAGUUGAUGCUCCAAGAGGCCUUUGACCUUCCCUCCACACAGAUCCUGUCUCUGAAUGCGCUGGGAAGUUUUCUUGCGACCAAACCUCAACUCUCUGUGUCAGAGGAGCGAGCUUUGGGGGCGUCGCUCCUCAUCUGUGGUCUAAAGCAAGACAACACUGUUGGCUUCAGUGCACAGCUGCUUGGCAAUGCUCUCCUCGGCAAGGUGGAGAUGUUAAAGGGUAUUCAUGGCGUAUUUAAAGGCAUGCCUCUGUCAUGGGUAAGAGGGUAUCUGGGACGAGCGCUGGCUGUAAUGGAGAGGGUUUCUGCAGCAUCUGGUGACAUAAAGUUGUCUAAAGACACACUCGACUGUGUGAGCGACGUGCUGCAGGAGCUGUCCGGUGCCUCGGACAGUUCUGGAGACGAGGAGUCCGACGGAGAGGAAAGUAAGGAGGGGGAAGCCGUAGAUGAAGACGAUGAAGCUGAGAAGGCUAACCUUCCUCACUAUGUCAGCAGAUUCAAGGAGCUGAGCAAUCAUCUAGAGUCUCAGGGUAAAGUGGACCCCGCCUCUUUCCAAGCUUUAGUGGCCACAAUGGCCCAGCAGAACCUGGCCUCUGCAGAGAAACUGGACAUAGAGCAGUACCAGAGCCGGCUGAAGGCCUGGGAGGCGGAGAAGAGGGUCCUGGUCCAGAGGGAGAAAGAACAGAAAGAGAAAGCUGAGCAGGAGAAACAAGAGCGAUUAGCCGCCCAGGCUGCAGCUCAAGCUUAAGAGACUAUUCAGAUUAAAUAAAAUUAUGUCCUCACUUUGGGAUUUAAUGUCAACCAUACAAUAAUAUUACCAUCUACUUGUUACUCUUGUGUAUAUAUGAGUUGUUUAUGAAUUUUAAAAUAAAUUUGGUUUGACUUUGUCACA